CUGUUCCGCGUAGUUUGUAUGAUUUCCGACGGUGCUGGUGGAGUCCUUGAAGGCAGCAGCAGCAGCUUCCAGUCCUGAUCGGGACUGGACUCUGGAAGUUGGACGACGUCAACAGGACAGAGGACACUGUCCCAGCCCUCAGAGGAGCGGAGCAGAGGCGGCGCGCUGCUCUCAAGUCGGGACGUUUUCAUCUUUUGCGCAUUUUUGGCAUGUUUCCGCGCGUAAAGGCGCACUGAGUGAGGCGGAUCUGGGCUUCAGGGCGGCUGAGGAAGAGGAGCGAGAUGUUGGCCAGGAAAAGCAUCAUCCCGGAGGAGUUCGGGCUGCCGGGUCUCGCCUCCCGGCUGCCGCGGAAGCCGGUGUUCCGGGACCGCGUGAACAAGGCGCGCUUCAUCGCCAAGAACGGCUCGUGCAACUUGGCGCACAAGAACAUCCGCGAGCAGGGCCGCUUCCUGCAGGACGUCUUCACCACGCUGGUGGACCUUAAAUGGCGCUUCACGCUCGUCAUCUUCACCACGACCUUCGUGAGCAGCUGGCUGCUGUUCGCGAUGAGCUGGUGGCUGGUGGCCUUUGCGCACGGAGACAUGGACCCGGCGCGGAAAAACGAGACCCACUGCGUCACCGAUGUCGAGUCGUUUAUCUCAGCCUUCCUGUUCUCCAUCGAGGUUCAGGUGACCAUCGGCUUCGGAGGUCGGAUGAUAACAGAACACUGCCUGGCGGCCAUUACUGUCCUCAUCUUGCAGAACAUAGUGGGACUCAUCAUCAACGCCGUCAUGCUGGGCUGCAUCUUUAUGAAGACGGCUCAGUCGAACCGCCGAGCGGAGACGUUGAUCUUUAGCCGCCACGCCGUUAUCGCCGUGAGGAACAACCGUCUGUGCUUCAUGAUUCGCAUUGGAGAUCUGAGGAAGAGCAUGAUUAUUGGAGCAACCGUCAGAUUACAGGUGGUGAGGAAGACGACGACUCCAGAGGGCGAGAUAAUCCCCAUCCACCAGAUCGACGUUCAGACUGAGAGCGCCAUCGCCAGCAACAGCCUGUUCCUCCUCGCCCCGCUCAUCAUCUGCCACGUCAUCGACAAAAACAGCCCGCUGUACGACCUCUCGGCCAUGGAGUUGCAGUGCAGCGACUUGGAGGUGAUCGUCAUCCUGGAGGGAGUCGUGGAGACGACGGGCAUCACCACCCAGGCCCGGACCUCCUAUGUCUCUGAGGAGAUCCAGUGGGGCCACCGCUUCGUUCCCAUCGUUACGGAGGAGGAGGGCGUGUACUCCGUGGACUACUCCAAGUUCGGCAAUACGGUUAAAGUGAGCACGCCCAGCUGCAGCGCUCGGGAGCUGGACGAGAAGCCGUACAUCCUGAUCCAGACGCUGCAGAAGAGCGAGCUGUCGCACCAGAACUCCCUCAGGAAGCGAAACUCCAUGAGACGCAACAACUCCAUGCGGAAAGGCGGCGGCAGCCUGCGCAGGAACAACUCCGGGCUGGUUCCGUCCAAAGUGCAGUUCUUCACCCCUACGGAGGGCGGCCAGAGCCUGAAUGCCGUCACCUGACAUGAGGCCUUUCUCCUGCAGGGCGCACUGUUCCUCUGGGCCAGGAGCAGGACUGUUUCUCUGACGGGACUCCUCCUGCUCCCCUCCUCAACGAGACUCGUGUCUCAGUGCGUCUGUUGUUGUUGUUAUUAUUAUUGUUAUUAUCUUCAUUAGGAGGUGAUUGCACUGACACACACACACACGCACACACACGCACGCACGCACGCACACACACACACACACACACACACACAC